CUUUGGUUUUUUCCUACAUGCUGAUGAUCAAGUAACCAGGCCACUCUUAUCUAGGUGGGAACUCCUAGCACUCUGAUCUCCGGGACAAAGUCUCCCUCUUGCUAGUCUUGCCUCCGCUUCUAGCCUUGAGGGCAUCGCCCCACUUCCUGGCCCCCAGCACUCUAGCAAAUGGUCACAAGCUGCUGCUGAGCCCUUCUGUGGGAUUUCUCAGAUGCCAGACCUGCUGGCUGACUGAGGAGCUCCAUGGAGACUUGGCAGAAAGGCUCCUUCCGCAAUGCCUCCUUCUUCAAGAGAAUGACCCUGGGGCGGCCACGGCGACUGCGGCGACAGGGCAGCACACUUAGCCAGGCCAGCACUGCUGCUGGUGACCAUGAAGAGUACAGCAACCGAGAAGUCAUCCGGGAACUUCGAGGGCGGCCAGAUGGCCGCCGUCUGCCCUUGUGGGGGGAUGAGGAGCCCCGAGCCACCCUGCUGGCUCCACCCAAGCCCCCACGUCUCUACCGAGAGAGCUCCAGCUGCCCCAACAUUCUGGAGCCCCCAGCAACCUACACCGCUGCCUACGCAGCCACCCUGCCUUCAGCAAUCUCCCUGACAGGCCCCCUCCACCAAUGCUCAGAUGAGGACCUUUUGGAUACUCCCCCUUUCCCAAGGACACCUACUCCAGACCUCAACGACCCUUUCUUUUCCUUCAAAGUGGACCUGGGGAUUUCACUUCUGGAGGAGGUUCUACAGAUGCUAAAAGAGCAGUUCCCCAAUGAGCCCCAUUUCUGACCCCGGCGAGGGCAGAGAGAACUAGGGAGAAAGGCACAAUGUGGAUU